AUGGACGAAGAACCUAAGUGCGUGCAGAUCGACGGCGAGGAAGGCGGGGACGAGUUCUACGAGAAGAUCGAAGCGCCCAAGUUCGUCGACUUCACCGAACCCGACCCGUACCGACCCGACGACCGCUACUGGUUCUGCAUGCGAGUUGGGUGUGAUCAGAAGCAUGAAGAAGAAUUAGACUCUGAAGCAGUCUACAAAAACUUUGUUCUUCGGGUCAUGGCAGCAAGAAGUCCUAAUGUAAGACACAGAAAAACACCAAGUUUGAAAUGCCCACUUACUGCUCCUGCAAAAUCUUCCAAGCCUAGAGUAUCAAGGUUGGCCCUGAUUUCUUCGUUCUCUCGUAAGAUGGUUGAUGUCAAAGAUAAAGCCAGACCUCUUCAAAAGAUCAGUGCAACCCCAAAUGUUAAGGCAAAGCAACCAUCUUCUGUGGCCAAAGCUCUCACUAGUCCAAGGAAUAGAAAACCCAUCUCAAAUCCAGACACAUUUCGAAGUGUUAGGAACCCCAAACUGAAAAAUGUUGCAGUGCCAAAGAAUAGGGUGGUGGCUAAAGCUCUGGUAUUUCACUCUCCAAAGAAGGCUGUAAGAACCAAAGUUUCGAAGGAAUGGGGUAGUCCUGUGGGAAAAAUGUGUUCAGCCAUGAAGAAACUUGAGAUCACCAGUGGAAAGAAACAUGUAUUGGGGUAUAAAAAGCCAUUGCCUUUAGAUACUUCAAGAAAACAAUUCAGAGGGCGGGAGGUUAAAAGCCGGGUUUUUGAUUCAUUGCAUUCCAACAAUUGCAAGGGCCAGGAAGCCAAAUCCAUGAAGAGAAAGAACAAGGAAACAGACUUGAGACAGUGUUGUGAUCCUGUGCCUCAUGAAGGGGUUAAUGACAACGAUACCACCGACAUGGAGGUUGAUGAAAAAUCAAGAAAUGGUACUCUUGAAGGGUUCUCCUUGUCAGGUACUGCUAAGAGUAGUGGAGUAAAUGGUGACGAGCAGUGUAUGGGAACUGGAAAAACCUCAAAACCUCCACUAGGUGAGAAUCAAGUUGAAGUCCUAUCAGAGACCUCCAAAGGUGACCCUACCUCCUUGUCAAGUUCCAAAGACAGGGAUUCAGAAGAGAAUGAUGAUAAGGAGAAUGCCAAAGAUGGAAAUGGUCAUGUGGAGAAAAUAAAGUCAAGUUCAGAGAAGGCGAACACCGUCGAAAACAUGGACAAAGAUGAUGAUAAAGAAAAUGCUUUGGCCUCUGACAACCCAGAAAAUGAAAAUGAGGUCAAUCAAGCUCAAGAGAGGAAGAAAGAGAGCUCUACAUCUGCUGCCACCAAUGCUCAAGGGAUGAAGAAUAGGAAACCAAAGUCUACAAACCCUAAACCCUUUAGGUUUAGAACUGAUGAAAGAGGGAUGCUUAAGGAAGCAACUUCAGAGAAAAAAGUUCAUGCACCUCUUAAGGAAAUCACAUUAGUCAAGCUCCCUGGUGCAAAGCCAAUAAAUAAACAGAAUGUGAUACAGAUGACUAAAAACUGCCUUGGACAAAGUGACAAUGAGAAUGAUACCCAAGUAGGUAGUGAAAAGAGAUUUGACAGAAGAACACGACUAGAUGAAAAUGGAAAGAAAGGAGCUAAGAAGACUUCAAAAAGAAACUUCGAAAGAAAUUUGUCUUUAGUAACUCCGCAAAAUGAACCUGGCCUGGACAGAAUACAAAAACCAGAUAAGGAAAGGACUAAAUCACCAAUGGUGCAGAAAAAAUUUGUGAGACCGAGAGGGGUAGAUUCAACUGGGAGGAAGGCAAUGGUUUCCCCCAAGACACCUUGUCAACUCAGUGUAAUAAAGGAAUCCUCGUGGACAAAUAUAAGGCCCAAGAAAGCAGCAAACCCAUGCAGUGCUUCUCCAGCAACCAAUUGCACCCCUUCCAGGUCAUUGUCAAGGGGAAGAAGGCCUGCAACCAUCCCAAAAGAACCACACUUUCACAGUAUUCACGUACCAAAGAGCUGCACGGGGCUGCACAAGGAAAAUGAGUUAAUGGAUGCCCAACAAAACUAA